AAAGAGCAGGGCACGAGUUACGGUGCCGGCUGGGUGGCAGCGAGGAUCCCCGGCUCGCCCUGCCCGGUGCGGACCCUGCUGGCUGCAACCCACCGAGACUCCCGCUGUGUGCUGCCCUGCGAACUUGCCGGGGUUUAGGUGGGAACACACACUGCUGUCAAUCUGCAGGGACGAGCCUCAUUCGAAAGCGACUGAAGCAGCAAAGUGGGAGUAUACUUUGCCAAGAAACGUUUUACUGUUGUUUUCUUUUCCUCUGUUUUGUGGAGAGAUUUCAUGUCUGCUCACGUGCUUUGGUAUGAGGAAGUGGAAGAUGAUUAUGAACGGGAAGAUGUUCAAAAGAAAACAUUCACAAAAUGGAUAAAUGCACAGUUUGCUAAGUGUGGAAGACGUUGCAUUGAAGAUCUUUUUAAUGAUUUUCGAGAUGGACGAAAACUUCUGGAGCUCCUGGAAUGCCUUACAGGCCAAAAAAUUGCAAAAGAAAAGGGCUCCACAAAAGUUCAUGCUCUGAACAAUGUCAACAAAGCACUGCAGAUUUUGCAGAGAAAUAAUGUUGAUUUGGUAAAUAUUGGGAGCUCAGACAUUGUGGAUGGCAAUCAUAAACUGACUCUUGGUUUGAUCUGGAAUAUAAUCCUCCACUGGCAGGUCAAAGAUGUAAUGAAAAACAUCAUGGCUGGACUGCAGCAGACAAACAGUGAAAAGAUUCUGCUGAGCUGGGUCCGUCAAUCAACUCGUAAUUACCCACAGGUCAAUGUUAUCAAUUUCACCAGUAGCUGGUCUGAUGGAUUGGCUUUCAAUGCACUCCUUCACAGUCACAGGCCAGACCUGUUUGAUUGGAAUGCUGUUGCUUCUCAGCAGUCACCUGUGAAACGAUUAGACCAUGCGUUUAACAUAGCCAGGCAACACCUGGGCAUAGAGAAGCUCCUUGAUCCUGAAGACGUUGCAACUGCCUGUCCAGAUAAGAAGUCCAUCUUAAUGUACGUGACUUCCCUCUUCCAAGUUCUGCCACAGCAAGUCACUAUGGAGGCCAUCAGGGAGGUGGAAAUGCUGCCUCGGCACUCAAGGGUCACUAGAGAAGAGCACACACAAGUACAUCAACAGCAUUUUUCACAAGAGAUCACAGUCAAUAUACCCCCGAGACCUUCACCUUCUCCUAAACCACGGUUCAAAAGUUAUGCAUAUGCACAAACUGCGUAUGUCAUACCCCCUGACCAAAAAAGGAGGCAGGUUCCUCCACAGUUUUUGGAAACUGUUGAAAAAAGAACAUAUACCACCACAGUGAUGAGGUCCGAAAUGGAUCUUGACAGCUACCAAACUGCUUUAGAAGAAGUACUCACGUGGCUUCUCUCUGCUGAAGAUGCAUUACAAGCACAAGGGGAUAUAUCCAGUGAUGUAGAAGUUGUUAAAGAACAGUUUCAUACCCAUGAGGGUUUCAUGAUGGAAUUAACAGCUCACCAAGGCCGUGUUGGUAACGUUUUGCAAGUUGGAAGUCAACUUUUAACAAUUGGAAGGCUUUCAGAUGAUGAAGAAAACGAAAUUCAAGAACAAAUGAAUCUACUCAAUUCUCGAUGGGAAAGUCUCAGGGUUGCAAGUAUGGAAAAACAAAGCAAUUUACAUAAAAUCCUAAUGGAUCUCCAGAAUCAGCAACUAGCCCAGUUAGCUGACUGGCUAACGAAAACAGAGGAAAGGACAAAGAAGAUAGAUUCAGAGCCCUUAGGACCAGAUCUAGAGGACUUAAAGCGUCAAGUAGAAGAACAUAAGGCAUUUCAAGAUGAUUUGGAACAGGAACAAGUGAAGGUGAACUCUCUUACCCAUAUGGUGGUGGUGGUGGAUGAAAACAGUGGAGACAAAGCGACGGCUGCACUGGAAGAGCAGCUUCAGCACUUUGGAAGCCGGUGGGCAGCCAUCUGCAGAUGGACAGAAGAUCGAUGGGUCCUUUUGCAAGAUAUUCUUAGAAAAUGGCAGCACUUUGCAGAAGAGCAGUGCCUUUUUGAUGCGUGGCUUACUGAGAAAGAAGAUGCACUUAGCAAAAUCCAGACAAGUGACUUUAAAGAUGAAAAUGAGAUGCUGACUAGUCUACGCAAAUUAGCUAUCCUAAAAGGAGAUAUAGAAAUGAAAAGACAAAUGAUGAGUAAGCUGAAGUCACUCAGCAAAGACCUCCAUGUAGCUGUGAAAAAUAAAGCAGUCGCUCAGAAGCUGGAAAGCCGACUUGAAAACUUCGCCCAGCGCUGGGAUAGCCUUGUGCAGAAGUUGGAGAGCAAUUCUAAGCAGGUUUCGCAGGCUGUCACUUCCACUCAGACAUCACUAACACAGACUACUGUAAUGGAAACUGUCACUAUGGUGACCACAAGGGAACAAAUCCUGGUUAAGCAUGCUAAAGAGGAGCUCCCACCACCACCUCCUCACAAAAAGAGGCAACUCCUUGUGGAUUCAGAAAUUAGGAAGAGGUUUGACUCGGAUACAACAGAACUCCAUAGCUGGAUGACACGCUCAGAAGCAGUACUCCAGAGUCCUGAAUUUGCAAUAUAUCGAAAGGAAGGAAAUCUCUCAGAUCUCAGAGAAAGAGUCAAUGCCAUCCAGCGAGAAAAGCCUGAGAAGUACAGAAAGCUGCAAGAUGCCAGCAGAUCAGCUGAGGCCCUGGUGGAACAGAUGGUGAAUGAGGGUCUGAAUGCUGACAACAUUAGACAAGCCUCAGAGCAGCUGAAGAGUCGCUGGAUUGAGUUCUGUCAGUUGCUGAGUGAAAGACUGGCAUGGUUGGAGUACCAAAAUAGCAUCAUUGACUUCUAUUCCCAGCUGCAGCAACUGGAGCAGACAGCAAUUACAGCAGAAAACUGGCUGAAAGCACAACCCACACCAGCAACAGAUCCUGCUACAGUAAAAAUUCAGUUGGAAAAAUGCAAGGAUGAAAUCAUCCGAAUGUCAACUCUUCAGCCCCAAAUUGAACGGCUAAAGGCUCAAAGUCGAGCUCUGAAAGAGAAAGAAGGUAGCCCAGUGUUUCUGGAUGCUGACCUUGCUGCUUUUACCAGCCACUUCAAACAAAUACUUGCUGACAUGCACACCAGAGAAAAGCAACUACAGACCAUUUUUGACAGUUUGCCUCCUGCACGCUAUAAAGACACAGUGACUACUAUACUUUCAUGGAUCCAGCAGUCAGAAACUAAAGUCUCCGUACCUCCGGUUGCAGUUGCUGAAUAUGAAAUCAUGGAACAGAGACUUUUGGAGCUCAAGGCUCUACAAAGUUCUCUGCAAGAGCAGCAAAAAGGCCUGAAUUAUCUCAACACAACCGUUGAAGAUUUAUCUAGGAAAGCCCCUGCAGAAGUCAGCCAGAAAUACCGAUCGGAGGUUGAGUUGAUUGUUGGCCGCUGGAAAAAGCUGUCAUCGCAGUUGGUGGAACAUUGCCAGAAACUUGAGGAUCUUAUGACUAAACUCCAACGAUUCCAGAAUGACACAAAAACAUUGAAGAAGUGGAUGGCUGAAGUAGAUGUCUUUCUGAAGGAGGAAUGGCCUGCUCUUGGUGAUUCAGAAGCUCUGGAAAAGCAACUAGAACAGUGUACAGCUUUAGUGAAUGAUAUCCAGACAAUCCAGCCAAGUUUGAACAGUGUUAAUGAGAUUGGGAAGAAAAUGAAGAGGGAAGCAGAGCCAGAAUUUGCUUCCAGAAUAGCAACGGAACUAAAGGAUCUCAAUGCUCAGUGGGAACAUAUUUGCCAACAGGCCCAUGCUAAGAAGGCAGCAUUAAAAGGUGGUUUGGAUAAGACUGUGAGCCUGAGAAAGGAUUUGUCAGAGAUGCAUGAAUGGAUAACACAAGCUGAGGAAGAAUAUCUGGAAAGAGAUUUUGAGUAUAAAACACCCGAUGAAUUACAGAAAGCUGUUGAAGAACUGAAGAGAGCAAAGGAAGAGACCAUGCAGAAAGAAGUGAAAGUGAAGCUUAUUACUGAUUCCGUGAAUAAUUUCAUAGCAAAGGCUCCACCUGCAGCUAACGAGGCUUUGAAAAAGGAGCUUGAUGUUCUAAUUACCAGCUAUCAGAGACUCUGCAGCAGACUGAAUGGAAAGUGCAAAACUUUGGAGGAAGUCUGGGCAUGUUGGCAUGAAUUGUUGUCAUAUUUGGAUGCAGAAAACAAAUGGUUGAAUGAGGUGGAAUUGAAACUCAAGGCAACUGAAAAUAUCCAGGGAGGUGCAGAAGAGAUUUCUGAGUCUUUAGAUUCUUUGGAACGUUUAAUGAGACAUCCAGAAGAUAAUCGCAAUCAGAUUCGGGAAUUAGCUCAGACUUUAACUGAUGGUGGAAUCUUGGAUGAACUGAUCAAUGAGAAACUUGAGAAGUUCAAUACUCGAUGGGAAGAACUGCAGCAGGAGGCUGUGAGAAGGCAAAAGAGUCUUGAACAGAGUAUUCAAUCUGCCCAGGAGACUGACAAAACCCUCCGCUUAAUUCAAGAAUCUCUUGCUGCUAUAGACAAACAGCUGACAGCCUACACUGCAGACAGAGUUGAUGCAGCACAAGUGCCUCAGGAAGCGCAGAAAAUACAAUCUGAAUUAACAAGUCAUGAGGUUAGUUUGGAAGAAAUGAAGAAACGAAACCGAGGCAAAGAAUCUGCAAAAAGAGUCCUUUCCCAAAUUGAUGUGGCACAGAAAAAGCUUCAGGAUGUCUCCGUGAAGUUCCGCUUGUUUCAGAAACCAGCUAAUUUUGAACAGCGUCUACAAGAAUGCAAAAGAAUUUUAGAUGAAGUGAAGUUGCAAGUGCCCAAAUUGGAGACGAAGAGUGUUGAGCAGGAAGUAGUACAGUCGCAUUUGGACCACUGCAUGAAAUUAUAUAAAAGCCUGAGUGAGGUGAAGUCCGAAGUGGAAACAGUGAUAAAAACUGGGAGGCAGAUUGUUCAAAAGCAGCAGACAGAGAACCCAAAGGAACUGGAUGAAAGGCUUACAGCUUUGAAGUUGCAAUAUAAUGAAUUGGGUGCGAAGGUGACAGAAAAAAAGCAAGAGUUAGAGAAAUGCUUGAAGUUGUCCCGGAAGCUACGAAAAGAAAUUAAUUCUCUGACAGAAUGGCUUGCAGCAACAGAUGUGGAAUUGACAAAGAGGUCAGCUGUGCAAGGAAUGCCUAGCAAUUUGGAUGCUGAAAUUGCCUGGGGCAAGGCAACACGGAAAGAGAUUGAGAAACGCCAAGUCCAACUUAAGAAUGUCAGUGAUUUAGGAGAGAAUUUGAAGACAGUACUGAAGGGAAAGGAAAGUCUAGUGGAAGACAAACUCAGCCUCCUGAACAGUAAUUGGAUAGCAGUAACUUCACGUGCUGAGGAAUGGUUAAAUCUGUUAAUGGAAUAUCAAAAGCACAUGGAGGCUUUUGAUCAGAAAGUAGCUAAUGUCACAACUUGGAUAUAUCGUGCUGAAAUACUGUUGGAUGAAUCUGAUAAGCAAAAGCCCCAGCAAAAAGAGGAAACUCUUAAGCGCUUAAAGGCUGAGCUGAAUGAUAUGCAUCCAAAGGUGGACUCAGUGCGUGACCAAGCAGUAGACUUGAUGACAAACCGUGGCGAUCACUGCAGGAAAGUAAUAGAGCCUAAACUAUCAGAGCUCAACCAUCGAUUUGCUGCCAUAUCACAAAGAAUUAAGAGUGGAAAGCCCUUCAUUCCUUUGAAGGAAUUGGAGCAAUUUGACUUCGAUAUACAAAAAUUGCUUGAACCACUGGAGGUUGAAAUUCAGCAGGGGGUGAAUCUGAAAGAGGAGGACUUCAAUAAAGAUAUGAGUGAAGAGGAUGAGAGCACAGUGAAAGAAUUGCUGCAAAGGGGCGACACGCUUCAGAAAAGAAUCACAGAUGAGAGACAACGGGAGGAAAUAAAGAUAAAACAGCAGCUGUUGCAGACUAAACAUAAUGCUCUCAAGGACUUGAGGUCUCAAAGAAGAAAAAAGGCUUUAGAGAUUUCUCAUCAAUGGUAUCAGUACAAGAGACAGGCUGAUGACCUAAUGACAUGGCUGGAUGACAUUGAGAAAAAGUUAGCCAGUCUACCAGACCACAAAGAUGAACAGAAGCUAAAGGAGAUUGGUGGAGAGUUGGAGAAGAAGAAGGAAGAUCUGAAUGCGGUGAACAGGCAGGCUGAACGCCUGUCUAAGGAUGGGGCUGCAAAAGCAGUGGAGCCAACCCUGGUACAGCUCAGCAAGCGCUGGCGAGAUUUUGAGAGCAAAUUUGCUCAGUUUCGAAGACUCAACUAUGCACAAAUUCAAACAGUUCACGAAGAUACAACUUUUGUGAUGACUGAAAGUAUGACUGUGGAAACCGCUUACGUGCCUUCUACAUACCUGGCAGAGAUCCUUCAGCUUCUGCAAGCCUUGUCUGAAGUAGAAGAACGCCUUAAUUCUCCUGUUCUGCAGGCUAAGGACUGUGAGGACCUCUUGAAACAAGAAGAAUGUCUCAAGAACAUUAAAGAUCGCCUGGGGAGACUCCAGGGUCAUAUAGACAUUAUUCACAGCAAGAAGACACCGGCUUUGCAGAGUGCUACACCAAGGGAAACAGCAAAUAUACAGGAAAAGCUGACUCAGCUUAAUUCCCAGUGGGAGAAAGUUAACAAGAUGUACCGGGACCGACAGGCACGCUUUGACAAAUCCAUGGAAAAGUGGCGGCUUUUUCACUGUGAAAUGAAAAGUUUUAAUGAGUGGCUAACUGAAACUGAAGAGAAACUGUCAAGAGCACAGAUAGAGGCUGGAGAUGUGGGUCACGUGAAAACCAAGCAAUUUCUCCAGGAGCUGCAGGAUGGCAUUGGGCGACAGCAAACUGUUGUCAGAACACUGAAUGUAACUGGUGAAGAAAUUAUUGAGCAGUCAUCAGCAGCAGAUGCUAACGUGCUGAAGGAGCAACUGGCAAAUCUGAAUACCCGGUGGCAUGAGAUCUGCAGACAGCUGGUAGAGAAAAAAAAGAGGAUAGAGGAAGAAAAGAAUAUUUUAUCAGAAUUUCAAGAAGACUUGAACAAACUGAUUUUAUGGUUAGAGGAAACAGAAAGCGUCAUUGCUAUUCCCCUUGAACCAGGGAAUGAAGAUCAGCUAAGAGACUGCCUCGGCAAAGUAAAGUUAAGAGUUGAAGAGCUGCUGCCACACAAGGGAAUACUGAAACGAUUAAAUGAAACUGGAGGAACAGCACUUGGAAGUGCAUCACUGAACCCAGAAAGAAAACAUAAGCUCGAGAGCACACUGAAGGAGGCUAGCCGUCGCUUGUUAAAGGUGUCCAGAGAUCUACCAGAGAAGCAAAAAGAAAUAGAAAUUCUGCUGAAGGAUUUCAUCGACCUUGAUCAGCAAAUAAAUCAACUGACAUUGUGGAUAACACCUGUCAAAAAUCAGCUAGAGCUUUAUAACCAAGUGGGUCAGCCAGGAGCUUUUGAUAUUAAGGAAACCGAAGCAGCAGUGCAGGCUAAACAGCCGAAUGUGGAAGAGGUUUUGUCUAAAGGGUGUCAUUUGUAUAAGGAAAAACCAGCCACUCAUCCAGUAAAGAAAAAAUUAGAAGACUUGAAUGCGGACUGGAAGGCAAUAAAUCACUUAAUUCUACAACUGAAGGAAAAGCCAACAUUCGGAGAGCCUGUCCUUUCCUCUCCAGGUGUCUUAACUUCUGGUCAAACUGUUGCUGUGGAUACACAAACCAGGGUAACCAAGGAAACCACCAGCUUCACACCAGAAAUGCCAUCUUCUGUGCUUUUGGAGGUUCCAGCCUUAGCUGACUUCAAUAAGGCAUGGGCAGAACUCACUGACUGGCUUUCUAGACUGGAUCGAGAGAUUAAAGCUCAGAGAGUGACAGUAGGAGAUCUUGAUGAUAUCAACGACAUGAUCAUCAAACAAAAGGCAAUACUACAAGAUCUGGAGCAAAGACGUCCCCAGCUGGAUGAACUAAUAACUGCAGCACAAAAUCUAAAAAACAAGACGAGCAAUCAAGAAGCCAGAACAAUAAUCACUGACCGCAUUGAAAAAAUACAGAGCCAGUGGGAUGAUGUGCAUGGAUACCUCCAAAGCCGAAUACAACAGCUUCAUGAGAUGCUAAAGGAUUCAACACAGUGGCUGGAAGCUAAACAAGAAGCUGAACAGGUUCUUGAACAAGCAAAAGCAAAGCUUGAGUCGUGGAAAGAAAUUUCCUAUACUGUGGAAGCUCUGAAAAAGCAGAACACUGAGCUUAAGCAAUUUUCAAAAGAAAUACGACAGUGGCAAAUGAAUAUAGAAGUGGUGAAUGACGUGGCACUUAAGCUGCUCCGCGAUUAUUCAGCAGAUGACACCAGAAAAGUAGAACUGAUGACAGAUAACAUUAAUGCAACAUGGGCUACAAUCUGUAAGAGGGUUAGUGAACGUGAAGCUGCACUGGAAUCAGCCCUACUGAUGUUGCAGGAAUUCUACCUGGAUCUUGAAAAGUUCCUCGCAUGGCUUACAGAAGCUGAAACAACUGCUAAUGUCCUGCAGGAUGCUACACGCAAAGAAAAUACACUAGAAGAUCCCCAGAUGGUUCGGGAGCUCAUGAAACAGUGGCAGGAUCUACAGGCAGAAAUUGAUGCACAUACUGACAUCUUCCACAACCUGGAUGAAAACGGGCAGAAAAUCCUGAGAUCCCUGGAAGGCUCAGAGGAUGCUGUCCUGUUGCAGAGACGUCUGGAUAACAUGAACUUCAGAUGGAGUGAGCUUAGGAAGAAAUCGCUAAACAUUAGAUCUCAUUUGGAAGCCAGUACAGACCAGUGGAAGCGUUUACAUCUCUCUCUUCAGGAACUUUUGGCAUGGCUGCAAUUGAAGGAGGAUGAAUUAAAACAGCAAGCACCCAUUGGUGGAGAUCUUCCCACUGUGCAGAAGCAGAAUGAUGUUCAUAAGACUUUCAAGAGGGAGCUGAAAACAAAAGAACCUGUCAUCAUGAGUGCACUUGAGACUGUGAGGCUCUUCCUGGCAGAUCAGCCAGCGGAGGGACUGGAGAAGGUCUAUCCAGAACCAAGAGAGCUAUCACCUGAGGAGAGGGCUCAGAAUUUCACUAAAGUUCUCCGAAGGCAAGCAGAUGAUGUCAGAACUGAGUGGGAUAAGCUAAAUCUACGUUCUGCUGAUUGGCAAAAGAAGAUAGAUGAUGCUCUUGAAAGGCUGCAGGGCCUUCAGGAAGCGAUGGAUGAACUGGACCUGAAACUGCGCCAGGCUGAAGCGUUCAAGGGAUCCUGGCAGCCAGUGGGGGAUCUGCUGAUUGACUCUCUGCAGGAUCACUUAGAAAAAGUCAAGGUUUAUCGAGCAGAAAUGGUGCCCCUUAAAGAGAAAGUGCAUCAAGUCAAUGAGCUGGCUCACCGGUUCACUCCCCCUGAUAUUCAGCUCUCCCCAUACACUCUCAGCUGUCUGGAGGACCUGAACACAAGGUGGAAAGUGCUACAGGUGGCCAUUGAUGAGCGCAUCAGGCAACUGCAUGAAGCUCACAGGGAUUUUGGCCCUACUUCCCAGCAUUUUCUUACCACUUCUGUCCAAGGCCCCUGGGAGAGGGCAAUCUCGCCAAACAAAGUGCCCUAUUACAUCAACCAUGAGACGCAGACAACCUGCUGGGAUCAUCCUAAGAUGACUGAGCUCUACCAGUCUUUAGCGGACCUGAACAAUGUCAGGUUCUCAGCAUACAGAACUGCCAUGAAGCUCCGCAGGCUGCAGAAAGCUCUCUGCUUGGAUCUCCUGAAUCUGUCUGCUGCAUGCGAUGCCUUGGACCAGCACAACCUCAAGCAAAAUGACCAGCCGAUGGAUAUUCUGCAGAUCAUUAACUGCUUGACCACUAUUUAUGAUCGACUGGAACAGGAGCACAAUAAUCUGGUCAAUGUUCCUCUCUGCGUGGACAUGUGCCUCAACUGGCUGCUGAAUGUCUAUGACACGGGUCGAACAGGAAGGAUCCGUGUCUUAUCUUUCAAAACUGGUGUUGUAUCUCUUUGUAAAGCACACCUGGAAGAUAAGUAUAGAUACCUGUUCAAGCAGGUGGCGAGCUCCACUGGCUUCUGUGACCAGCGCCGGCUGGGACUACUGCUACACGACUCCAUCCAGAUCCCUCGACAGCUGGGGGAGGUCGCUUCGUUUGGGGGCAGCAACAUCGAGCCAAGUGUCAGAAGCUGCUUCCAGUUUGCAAAUAACAAGCCCGAGAUCGAAGCAGCCUUGUUCCUGGACUGGAUGAGACUGGAACCACAAUCCAUGGUGUGGCUGCCCGUGCUGCAUAGGGUGGCUGCUGCAGAAACUGCCAAACACCAAGCAAAGUGUAACAUCUGCAAGGAGUGCCCCAUUAUUGGAUUCAGGUACAGAAGCUUAAAGCACUUUAACUAUGACAUCUGCCAAAGUUGCUUCUUCUCUGGCCGUGUUGCAAAAGGUCACAAAAUGCACUAUCCCAUGGUGGAGUACUGCACACCAACAACUUCUGGAGAAGAUGUCCGUGACUUUGCCAAGGUACUAAAAAACAAAUUUCGAACAAAAAGAUAUUUUGCAAAGCACCCACGAAUGGGCUACCUGCCUGUACAAACUGUCUUGGAGGGAGACAACAUGGAAACUCCUGUUACUCUGAUCAACUUCUGGCCAGUAGAUUCUGCGCCUGCCUCGUCCCCUCAGCUUUCACACGAUGAUACUCAUUCACGCAUUGAACAUUAUGCUAGCAGGCUAGCAGAAAUGGAGAACACCAAUGGUUCUUACCUAAAUGACAGUAUUUCACCUAAUGAGAGCAUCGAUGAUGAACACUUGUUAAUCCAGCACUACUGCCAAAGUCUGAACCAGGAAUCCCCCCUGAGCCAGCCCCGAAGCCCUGCCCAGAUCUUGAUUUCUCUGGAGAGCGAAGAAAGAGGUGAACUGGAGAGAAUUCUUGCAGAUCUGGAAGAAGAAAAUCGAAACUUGCAAGCGGAGUAUGACCGUUUGAAGCAGCAGCAUGAUCACAAAGGAUUGUCUCCACUGCCAUCCCCACCAGAGAUGAUGCCGGUUUCUCCACAAAGUCCCCGCGAUGCUGAACUUAUUGCAGAAGCCAAACUGCUCCGCCAGCACAAGGGCCGCCUGGAGGCCAGGAUGCAGAUUCUGGAGGAUCACAACAAACAGCUGGAGUCACAGCUGCACAGGCUGAGGCAGCUGCUGGAGCAGCCACAGGCAGAUGCCAAGGUGAAUGGUACAACACUAUCAUCUCCUUCUACCUCUUUGCAGAGGUCAGACAGCAGUCAGCCAAUGCUUCUUCGUGUAGUUGGCAGCCAGACUUCAGAAACCAUGGGCGAGGACGACCUGCUCAGCCCUCCCCAGGACACAAGCACAGGUUUGGAGGAAGUGAUGGAGCAGCUUAACAACUCCUUCCCCAGUUCCAGAGGAAGAAAUGCCCCUGGAAAGCCAGUGAGAGAGGCCACAAUGUAGGGAGCCUGUUCCACAUGGCAGAUGACUUGGGAAGAGCGAUGGAAACCUUAGUGACAGUGAUGACUGACGACAAGGUGUUAGAAUAGCAAGAUGUGUUUUACAACUUCAGGCGUCCCGCAUGGUUUUUAUAAUAUUCAUACUACAAAGAGGAUUAGACUGUAAGAGUUUACAAGAAAACAAAUCUAUAUUUUUGUGAAGGGUAGUGGUACUAUACUGUAGAUUUCAGUAGUUUCCUAAGUCUGUUUCUGUUUUGUUAACAAUGGCAGGUUUUACACGUCUAUGCAAUUGUACAAAAAUUAUAAGAAAACUACAUGUAAAAUCUUGAUAGCUGAAUAACUUGCCAUUUCUUUAUAUGGAACGCAUUUCGGGUUGUUUAAAAAAAAAUUUAUAACAGUUAUAAAGAAAGAUUGUAAACUAAAGUGUGCUUUAUAAAAAUAAUUGUUUAUAGAAACCCCCUUUAAAAAAAAUACAAAAAAAAAAAUACUGAGGCAGUGCAUUUGUUCAGUAUCAUUUCAGCUCUGCAGCUGCAUCAGAGAGAGAUUCAUGUUCUGUGUUCUUUUCCUGGCCUGUCAAAGAGGAGAGAAAGAAAAAAGCAUUUCCUGCAGCGACACCAAAACGGCCAACUUAACAUUUGUCAUUGGUUUUGUCUGAGUAGGGCUGGCUUUAAAAAAAACCUCCUGGACUUCCAGUGAAGAUAGAUAGUUAUUUCACUUCUUUCCAAUAAAAUUAAUAACUUCAUGAAUCACACUAGUUGGCAAUAAUUAAAUGAAAGAGCACAUGACAUGACAGAGCCUGCAAAAAAUUAAUGAGAAGAAAAAAAGAAGAAAGAAGGAAAGAGUUUAAUGAUGUCCAAUACGCCAGCAUUUCCUCUGCUGACUAAAUCCCUGAAUGUCCUUAGUGAAGGAACGUAGAAUUGCCUUACCGGAUGAAACCUUUGGACCUUACUGUCCGGUACUCUGCUGGCUGCAGCCAGCGCCCAGAGCUUUGGCAGGAGCUGCGUGUGGCUUUCCCUGCCCGCUGCCACUGUUAGCAUCACCUUGCUGCACACGAGAGAAGAAAGGGAGAAGUUCCCUCCUGACCCCACGUGGGAUCAGCUUCUGACAUGAAGCACAAGUGGGUUACUCACAGAGCACCUUUGCUUGUAUGGCUUCCAACACUGUUAACGAACGUAGAGCUACUUGAUCCUCUGGAAAAUAAAACCACACCUUUCCACAAUGUCUGUCUCAGCCUGCUAGAGCAGCUGGUCCCAAGGAGCUGUAAUGCAGCAAGCAACCUUUGAGGAAGGCUGUAGAAUUACUGCUGUUCUUGUAUGUGUAUGGUGAUCAGGUGAAGGUAGCCACACUGCUCCCCGAGAUAUUUAUCUUCAAAACAAAGGCCCUGAUGCUUUCUCCUUCCCCGUUUCUCUCUACAAGUAACACCGCACAAUUAACAAUAAAGUGAGAAAGAGAGGAACUGAUAGAAAAACAGAUUAGCCAGCAUAACUGCAGCUCUUGAGAGGUAGGUUUGGGUAUGAGGUGCUGUCAGCAAAAGCUUUACCACUUCAUUAUCUUAACCAGCUUUUAAUUUUCUCUUAGAUACAUAGAAACACACCGUCUGACUUUAUAUUGCAAAGUACAAAUCUGUUACCUCUUCUUGUA